AUGUUAACUACCAAUUUUUAAUCAAAAAACUAAAAUUCAUUGAAGUAUGAAUUAAAUAUAGCAAAUGUUUCUAAACAUAUAAAUAUGUGGAAUUAUGAUUUUUCUUGGAGUGAAAAUUGUUUGGUAAUAUUAGAGAUUAUCAUCUUAAGUUAGCAAAAAAAAUUAAUAAACAUUAUUAAACUGUUAGAAAUCUAGAAGAAGCUGCUUAUGAUAAAGAAACAAGUCCAACCAUAUUCAAUUAUACCUAAUCUUUAUUAGGUUAUUUUCAUCAUCAUUAUUCAUAUUCUUAAAUGCAAUUAAAUUAAGAUGUUAAAAAAAAAAUCAAAUCUAUACUAAACGGAAAGAUUACACAUUGUGAUUUAUGUUUAGUGAUAAUUGUAGCAAACGCUAUCAUGUUUGUUCAGAUUUUGUAUGCUUUGAAAUGA